AUGGCCAAAGCGAGGCGGUUCAUCAUGCAGCUGCAAGCCACUAAAGGCAUGCGAAAGCGCCUGACUGGGGUAUGGCCAAUUGGAAGCACUGCCCUCAGCAGUCAAGAACCGUUAUUCAUUAUGUUCUUCCUCACGUUCUCGUGUGUCCUGACCUUUGGCUCCCUUGCGAACGGCUACACAAUAUUCGACACCGACUGCACCCUCCCUAACUCCACGACCAAUUACGUCUUAGGUCCCAGCACCCGCGGAACACUGGACAUCAUCUGGUCCUGUUUCGGGGUGUUCAUCGCCUGCAUCUACUCCAUCCUGCAUUUCAAGAUCCCUCGACGGGCGGAAGGUCGUUCGGCCCACGAACAAUGGACGCAAAGGAUCGGCUCCUCGGCGGUAUUUCUGAGCUUUAUGGCCCUGAUAUGGCCAGAGUGGAUAUACACUCUUUGUGCGGGCGAAUGGUUGGAUGCUCGCAGGCAGCUCCGGCUCCUGCACCGCAAUGUACCGGCUACAAAGACGGAUUGGACCUUGCCGCACAUGUUUUUUGCGAACAUGGGAGGCUUCGUUCUGCUUCACAGGCAACCUGUGACAAAGGAUGACGUAAAGUUGGCGCAGGCCGAAAACGAAACAAGCGUUGAGCGCUCAUCAGCUGCUGGUUCCAUAUCCAGUCAUGUUAGCCAUUCGCCGGCUACGAGAACAGAAACGCCGGAUCCAAGCGAUAUUGCACAAGAGGACAUAGAGUCCCAAGCUGUAGGUGGUGCAGGAGUCACGGGUGAAACCGAGAUCACAGCCAGCGUCCAAGUUGUACGCAGCAUUAAGUUGGAUGCGGAGAAGGCACCUACCGAGACAGGCAUUCGGCCUACAGAAGCGUCGCCUGAAAGAGGACAAAACGUUCUCUCGUCAGUCGGCCGAGCAUCAGUUCUUGGUUCUGUAACUCUAUCGGAAGGUCCUCCUUGCGAAGAAAAGCAGGACAGUGACGGCACCGAGGCUCAAGGCUUUGGCCUGCCGUCCCAAGGAGCGCUGCGCUUCCACCUGACUGCUGCAGUCGUACGGCAGGCCAUCGGAGAAGGGGUACUACCACCGACUGGCCCUCCCCUUCAUGAUAUUGAAGACCGGUCGAAGUCCGACACGCUGGCAAAGUCCCUCGUCUGCGUACAGCUGGCCAGUUUCCUAUUGAGCGUCGUUUCCAGAUUGUUCAAGCACCUUCCGAUUGCGCCGAUAGAGAUCGAAGCUACCGCGUUCGCCAUCUGCUCGAUCUUGAUAUACCCGUUUUUAUUCCGCAGACCAAAGAAUGUCCGGACACCGAUUGUGCUUGGAACCUACCAGACUAUCCCAACUAGGAUUUUGCAACUGAAAUUUCAGCACCAGAAAGCGCCAGCACACGAGAACGGCGAGCCGCUGUUCGUCCUGAUUGACGGCGCGGAAAAGGACUUCCCAGGAUGUCCGCCUCCCGACUUGUCCCUGCCCGCUCUACGGAGGGAGGAUACCAUCGUCGUGUGCCUUUCCUUCGUAGCACUCAGUUUUGCUUUCGGCGCAAUUCAUAUUGCCGGCUGGAACCUCGAGCUGCCGACCAAAGCUGACAGAUGGCUAUGGCGUAUUGCAGCCCUCGUUGUUACUACCGGCCCAACGGUGUCUGCGGGUGGUUUGGUCCUGAUUGACAUGGCCAAGGUCAGACAUGCUCCACGCUUCAUAAAGCACUUGCUUCUGGUGUUUGGGCUGGCAGGCUGGGCCUACACCAUGGGCAGGUUCAUAUUCCUUGUUGAGAUCUUCAGGACACUGGCCUACCUCAGCCCUUCGACGUAUGACACUCCGAACUGGACGUCCAGCAUCCCUCUUGUCAGCUGA